AUGAAGACCCUGCCAUGUUUGUUUUUCUGGCUUCUGGCGCAGUGCGCAUAUACAUCGGCCGAGACGACAGAGAGCAGCACUGAUAGGAGCUCAACAACCACCACUUCUUCAUCCUCAUCCUCAUCAGACACUACCACUGGGUAUAUCGUUGUUACAUCGGAAACCUCCGUCGCGGUUCCUACCGGCGACUACAUCAGCUAUACCACGACUGAGAUUGUGUCAUCCGCCGAGCUCAAUGCCACGGCCUCAAGCAACGCUACAGCCACGACCUCCACAACCGCGACAGAUGUUGUCCUCGUCGGAACAGGCUCCAACAGCACAACAACAUCUUCCACGGCCACAGCAACAAACACGCAAGCAUGCAACGGCUACACCGAGUUCUGCGAAAGGAAAUAUUCCAACAUCACGAUGGUAACGGCGCACAACAGUCCGUUUGUCAAGAAGAACAACAUAGCGUCGAACCAAGACUACGACGUCACAAUUCAACUGGAUAACGGUAUACGAAUGGUCUCUUUCGAGGCACACUAUUAUGAAGAUGACAUCUAUCUCUGCCACACCUCCUGCGACCUUCUCAACAUGGGCACCCUAGAGGCAUACUUGACAACCAUCACAAAGUGGAUCAAGAAAAAUCCCUACGAUAUCGUGACUGUCCUAAUCGUCAACUCCGACUACGUGACUCCUUCAAAUUUCACUGCACCCAUCAAGAACUCCGGGUUGAUCGACUACGUAUACGAGCCCUGGAGUAUCCCGAUGAGCCUGGACGACUGGCCUACCCUCUCCGAAAUGAUCCUCACUGGGAAACGCGCAGUGGUUUUCAUGGACUAUGAGGCCGAUCAAUCGGAGUACCCCUAUCUUUUGGAUGAAUUCUCCCAAAUGUGGGAGACGCCGUUUUCACCGGUCAACCGUUCAUUCCCUUGCACGGCACAACGCCCCGUCGGUAUCACCGAGAAAGAGGCCAAGAACCGCAUGUACAUGGCCAACCACAACCUAAAUCUGGAGAUCAUCUUUGAUGAUAUAGACAUAUUGAUCCCAGACUCUGCAGAAAUCAAUGUGACGAAUGCAGUCUCGGGCUACGGAAGUUUGGGGGUUAUGGCUAAUAACUGUCGAAGUGAUUGGGAUCGACCGCCGAAUUUCCUUCUCGUCGAUUAUUACAACGAUGGUAACUUUGCUGGUUCGGUUUUCAAAGUUGCUGCCGAGAUGAAUAACGUUACUUAUACCGGCGACUGCUGUGGAGCAUCAUCGGAUGCUAUGAGGAUCAGCAGCGCUUUAAGUGUGUCUUCUUUGGUUGCUCUUGUGAGCAUUUUCGUAUCAUACUUGAUGUAA